AAAAAAUUUCUAAUUGCGGCUCUAUAUAUAUAAUUAGAGCAUUAUAAUUUAUAAAUCAGUACCGUGUCCAAUUUACCGGACCUCAUUUAUCUCAUUAUCGGACAAUAUAAAAGAAGGGGAGAAUGCUCGGCCGCUAGAAAAUUUCAUCUCCGCCGGCACCGGAGAACAGACUCAGUUCCGAUGAUACGCUCGAGAUCACUGUCGAUGCAUUCGCGAUCAUGUUGAAGUGGGUGCACUAUUGCCCGUUACCGAAGGAUCGUGCGAUCGCAUCCUCGGACGCGAAGAUGGUCGUUCCGAGCGAGAAGAGUGAGAAGGACGCAAGAAAGGCGAUCGACAGAAGAAAGGACGGCGGUGGCACGGCGCGGAGUGCGCGAAACGCGAAAACCGCCACGCCGGAUGCUAUCAUGAGGAGAUGCUUUCGGUUCGGGGGUUCGGAUCCGAGGGUAGCGACCUGCAGAGGAAAGCUGCAGAACAAGCGUAGCAAGCUCAAUCAAGAGAUCAACAAGGAGUUGCGGCUACGAGCGGGCGCGGAAAAUCUCUUCAAAGCGACGACGAACAGAAAACUGAAGGAAACCGUUGCCUUAGAGCUGAGCUUCGUCAAUUCGAAUCUGCAGCUGCUCAAGGAACAGCUCGCCGAGUUGAACAGCUCGGUGGAGCUGUAUCAAAAUGUCGAUGGCGAAGAGCCCGUUAUGCCGAUGAUACCAUUAGGAUUGAAGGAGACCAAAGACAUCGAUUUUCGGGAUCCGUUCAAGGACUUUAUCUUGGAGCACUAUAGUGAGGAUGGUGAAAACUAUGAAGAAGCUAUAGCUGAUCUGAUGGAAACUAGACAGGCUACCAGGACACCGACUAGAGAUUCAGCGGGCAUCGCGUUGCUCCUACGUUAUUACAAUCAGCUCUACUUUAUAGAAAGGCGUUUCUUUCCACCUGAUAGAAGUCUUGGCAUCUAUUUCGAAUGGUUCGAUUCAUUGACGGGGGUGCCAAGCUGCCAACGAACAGUCGCCUUUGAGAAAGCCUCGAUUCUUUUCAAUGCCGGCGCACUUUACACACAAUUGGCCGCCAAGCAGGAUCGUAUGACCACUCGAGGACUCGACCAAGCUGUCGACGCUUUCCUCAGAGCGGCCGGCACUUUUCGAUACAUCCACGAGAACUUCACAAACGCGCCAAGCAUGGAUCUUGGCCCGUAUAUGCUGGAGAUGCUCGUGCAGCUGAUGCUUGCUCAGGCAAGAGAAUGUCUCUUCGAAAAACUAGAGCUUCAGUCAAGGGAUGGAAGGAAUAUCGACGUUUGCUUGGAUCUUGCUCAAGAGGCUGCUCAGGUUGCGGCGAUAUAUAACGACGUUCAUGGAUUGAUAUCGCGCGAGCCAGUUCGUGACUACGUCCCGGAGACUUGGAUUUCGUUGAUACUGGUGAAGCGCGAGCACCACCUUGCCCUUGCUCACAAGCACCUCGCGGUUGGUCUGCUGGACAGACCGAUCGUUGAAUUUCGCAUGGAAACGAAGCUCACGUUAGAACAUAUCCAGAAAAGUGACGGAAAAACUCAAUUGGACACGACGGUCCCUAGAGACGAUAACGAAAGGAAAUCAUUAGGCAAGGCGCACCUGAGAGAAGCUCUUGUUUUGCACGACGAGAGUCAACGAUUGCAGAGAAUGUGCCGCGAUCUAAAAGGUAAAAAAGCUCUGGGAAGAGUUUUGAAGAAAGCACAAGAAGCAACGCUCGAUUGCUACAAUAAAUUCGGCAACGACGAUGAUUUUCGAGAAUUGUUGGAUCCACCAGAUAUUAUCGCGUCCACGAAAUUCCAAUUAAGCAUUACUCAUCCGGAUUUUAGCCAGCAUGGAGUGAAUGAUUUAUUUAGAUCGCUGGGUCCUGUAGCAAUAUUUUCGGCCAAACGACAUUGGACCGCACCGCGAUUGGUGCAUCUUCAAAGAGGUCCUGAUGGCGAAGGUUUUGGAUUUAGCGUACGCGGCGACGCUCCUGUGAUAAUAGCCGCCGUUGAUCACAAUUCACUGGCUGAUGUAGGCGGGAUGAAGGAGGGCGACUUCAUAGUCGGCAUAGACGACGAAGACGUCAAGUGGUCGACUCACGAGGAAGUCGUGCGGAUGAUAAAACAAUGUGGGGACUUUAUAAAUUUGAAAUUAGUCACACCAAUGGACAGGAAUUAUUUAAAGACAAUGGUGACGGAAGGACAGCAGAAACAUGACGAGUACAAGAGCACGCUGGAGGCGAACGCGCUGGAAACGGCCAGACUGGAGCUCCGCGAGGACGACAGCACGAGGGAGCAGGCGUUGGAGCAAUUUCGACACUGGAUCCAGAAACAUCCCGCGAUCAAGAAGUGCAGAACGGACUCGCUGUUCCUGCUGAGGUUUCUCAGAACGAAGAAAUUCAGUCUGCCGAUGGCGCAAGAGAUGCUCGAACGCUAUCUCACCAUCAGGCAACUCUAUCCCGAGUGGUUCCAGAAGCUCGACAUCGAAGACCCGGAUCUCGAGGCCAUCAUCGACAACGGCUAUCUGGUGCCUUUGCCGAAACGAGACCAGCAAGGUCGAAAAGUGAUACUGUCCUGCGCAGGACGCUUCGAUCCUUGCAAAUUCUCGUCGAUACACAUGGCACGGAUCCACAGCAUGGUGCUGGAGUCCCUGAUGGACGAUGAGGAAAAUCAGAUUCACGGCUACAUACAUCUCAACGACGAGUCGGGAUUGACCAUGAGCCAUCUUAGCGCAUGGUCCUUCACGGACAUUCGCAAUAUGUUGAGAUGCAUACAAAACAGCACUCCUGUACGUCACAAGGAGACGCACUUCAUCAGUAUUCCCGGCAGCGUGGCGAAGAUCAUUGAAUUCGCUAUCUCGCUGCUGAACGACAAGCUUAAAUCGCGCGUUAUGAUGCACAAAGACUUGCAAGAAUUGAGAGAGGCGAUGGAUCCGAAGAUAUUGCCGAAGGAAUACGGAGGGGAAGUUCCGCUUUCGGAAAUGAUUGCCGAAUUUAAAAAUAAUCUAAAGCAGAAGAGAGAUGAACUUUUGGCUCUCGACGAUAUGCACAUCGAAAUUUCAUCAAAAGAUUGCCACGCGGCUAGCAACGAAGAAUUUGGCGGAAUAUGCGGUUCGUUCCGAAAGUUAGAAGUCGACUAAAGGUAUUCCAUUUUUUAUCUUGCAAUUUUAUAUUACGAGUAGACAAUUAACUUUAACAGUUAUUUUCGUGUGAUCGUAUCAACGAGUAGUUAUUUUGCCAAAAACUGAAACAUUUUGUAUCUUUAGCGAAAUAGUCAUUUAUACUAUAGAAAUAUUAAUUCAUAUCGUAAAUAUGUUAAAUGAGUAUGCAAAUGUUUUAUGGAAUUUCACCGAUGAUUUUGAUCAACUAGUUUCGAUUUUUAAGUAUUCAUAGCUGUUUCUCUCUAGAUAUUAUAGUUACAACAUAAAGGAAAAAUAUAAAUCUAAUUAAUUAUCGUAGUGCAUUAAUUAAUGUUGGUAAUAAUCUGUAAGAGAAUUUAUAAUUUGAUAUAAUAAUACGUUAAAAAGCGUUGUGAAUAACUUUAUCUGUUAAUUUAUAAGAUAUACUUUGAUAUGUUAUACUUAUUGCAUAAGUCUUGUAACAGUUGAAGUUUAGUAGUACGAAUUAAUAAUCAUUCCGCUGGUGGUACCAAGUUACCUAUGAUCUAUAAGUCACUAUUUUAACUGUGUUAAGAUAAAUUGUGACCUGUCACACGUUCCUCGCUGCCGUUGCAAUAGGACGCACAGUUUUAAUUAGCAUGCACUCGUGAUUGCAUCGUUUUAAUUAACUGAUGCUUUAUAUAGCGAGUUAAGGAACAAAGCUGUUAGAUAAGCGUAAACAGAUAUUAGAAUUUGUUGAUUUAUAAAUAUAAUCAUGAUUAUUUUUGUGAUUAUUUAGUUAUUGUUAUGCUAGUUUGUGAAUUGUGAUGCUGAUCGUAUCUCCAUUGUCAUGUGUAUUUAACAUGUAUUGCGCACGAUAUGUGUCUGUGUGAUUAUGACUUAAUUUAGUUUAAUAUUAAAAGAUUAUGUACAAUAUUAACACGCGAUAGACAAUCAUAUUUCAAGUUAAGAACCUUUGUGGUGGAUAUUUAAACUUAUAACUCCAAUAUAUUUUACAUAAUUUUUAUAAUUUUAUUAGCUUGAAGAAAGAAUCAACAGCAGUUUUAUAGACUGUUUCCUAAAUUUAUAGAGAUAUUAUACAAAUGGAAAGAAAUAUUUUAUCUUUGGUUAUUAAAAAAUAUUCUUUCAAACAAAAUUUGUCAAAAUUAUAAAUUGUUUUAUUGCAAUAUAUAAUUUUUUGCUAAAGAAUAAUGGAUUUUUUUCAAACAUAGAAGAAAUGAAUUGCACUCCAUGUGUCAACACAUAUCCAUUGUGACACGUAAUUCAAUACUAAAUCAUAUCCAUUCUAUAAUGUUACUUUCUAAUCAUUCACGCUUGUAGAUGCGCCAGAAUUUUUAAAACGUUAACAAUAGAGGAUCUCGCAUGUAAGUAAACUAACCACUUUUCUUUAUAUACACAUGUACAUUUUAUUGAUCCUCAUUUUCAACGUUUAUCAAUUGUUUUAAAAACUCAGUGCUUGGCGGCGCCGUGGUAUAAAGACUCCC